GAUCCUGUACGUGAGGCUCGUGAACGCAUACAGGGAAAAGUGACAUCUCUAUCUCAACUGGUCGAUAAGAAAAAUCGCAUAUUUUCGCAAUUUCUCACUGCGGUCAACCAGUACAAAACAUCACGCGAUGUUUCUGCUCUCCAGGAUGGGAAGAAGCGACUGGAGACAGAUCGCGCUGACAUUAACACUAAAUUGACGAAUGCUAUAGCAGUAUUCAAGGAAGAGGGGCAAAACGUGUACGAUAAGGCUCAAGAUUUGCUUCGAUAUGAGAAGGCAAUUAUGGACUCACUGGACGGGUACAUCACCAGUGUACAGAAAAGUCAGCAAAAGUCGGCUAGUCCUGAAGAUACGCAGUUCACGCAAAAGGUGACGGAUGCGCGUACUCGGUCGGAAUCGAUCCUCGCCUCUCUUUGA